UGCGGAGGUUCAGUCCCCGCGGCCCGGCGAGCAGAACGGAAGCAGCGUGGUACAGGGCGAUCCCAGACUCGGAACGCUCAGAGACACAGGGUGAUCCCACAACCAGUUACAAGUGAGAUCGUGUACGCCGGAACAGAGGAAGAUCUCAUACUCAGUACAGGGAGCUCCCAGCGCCAAAGACGGGGAGACAUCACGGUCCGGGCACAGGAGGAUCCUAGUCCCGGAGGAGGAGAGCUGCUGAAGGUAGACUCCGAGAGUUGGUUUCGAGGGAGGUCGCGACAUGCUGAUCGACCGGCGGAGGAAGGAGUGGCAGGCUUGAAGAGGGAGCCUUCCCCUCUCCCACCCCAGGACUAGACCUUCGCUCCCACCCCAUAUUCCCUCCCGUCGUUUCCCAAACCCCGGACUCUCCCUCCCCUCCCACUUUGGGACUCUCCUCUCCCACUCGGGAGCUCCCCCCACUCCGGCACUCCGGGACUACUCCCCAGGACCUCCUCCCACUCUCCCCUUACUCCAGGAGACCCCUCUCCCCUCCGGGAACCUCCCGUCUCUACCGGGACCCCGCUCCCGUCCCCUCUCUCUCCCAGCCCGGGCGGCCCCUCGAUGCUCCGCCGCCCCGCACCUUUCCGGCAUGAGCCCCCUCCAAAACGACAGCAGAGGCAACAGCAGUUGGCAGGCGGACUCGUCGGCGAAGGGCGCCUUCCCGCUCAUUCCCACCCUCAUGUUCGUCUCUGGCGUAGUGGGUAACCUGGUAGCAAUCGCCGUGCUCUCGAGGAGCCGCCGCGAACAGCGGGGAACCACCUUCUACACGCUGGUGUGCGGGCUGGCCGUCACCGACCUGCUGGGCACCUGCCUGGCCAGCCCCAUCACCAUCGCCACCUACCUGCGCGGGGAAUGGCCGGGGGACAGCGCUCUGUGUGAAUACGCCUCCUUCGUACUGCUCUUCUUCAGCACGGCCGGCCUCAGCAUCAUCUGCGCCAUGUCGUUGGAGCGUUACUUCGCUAUCAACCACGCUUACCUGUACAGCCAGCACAUGGACAAGCGGCUGGCCGCCCUCACCCUCUGCACCAUCUACGCGGCCAACACGCUCUUCUGCGCGCUGCCGUCCUGCGGUCUCGGGCACACCGUGCACCAGUUCCCAGAAACCUGGUGCUUUAUCGACUGGCGCACCAACCACAGCCGGCACGCCGUGUACUCCUACAUGUACGCCGGCUUCAACUCCUUCCUCAUCGUGGUCACGGUCCUCUGUAACGUACUGGUGUGCGGCGCGCUCAUCCGGAUGCACCGGCAGUUCGUGCGCCGCACCUCGCUGGGAGCCAGCCCGCGGCCCGCCCUCGCCCGGCGGCAGGGCAGCUUCAAGCGUCUGGCCGGCGCUGAAGUCCAGAUGGUCAUCUUGCUGAUCGCUACCUCCGCCGUGGUACUCAUCUGCUCCAGCCCGCUGGUGGUGCGGGUGUUUGUCAACCAGCUGUACCGGCCGCCGGUGGUGAAGGACCCAGCACUGAACCCGGACCUUCGGGCCAUCCGCAUCGCCGCCAUCAACCCAAUCCUGGACCCCUGGAUCUACAUCCUCCUGCGCAAGGCCAUGCUCAAUAAGCUGGCACAGAGGCUCAAAUGCCUGUUCUGCUGGUUGGGGGGGCAGAAUUCCCCUGGGAGGGGCCACUUCCACCACUUCACCUCUCGCCGGGCGCCCAACCAGGACUUUAACGAACCGGGCAAUGGCCACACCUCGCACACUCUGCUGCCACUGACGGAGAUAGUGGGUGGAGCUGGGAAGGGGCAACCCCCGCCCAGGACCCAACUUGCCCUGGUUCACCAUCCGGAGAAGGAACCCCUGGGGGGAGUUGGCCCUCUGAGGGUGAUUUUCACUGCUCAGCAAGCAGGACAGCUGGCGGAGAGGUGCAUCUAGCACAGACUGGAGGGAGAGUGUCCACGCCCGGGGGUCUGAGUGAUAAAGGAGAGGGCAGAAAUGUGCCCAUGGACAAUAGCAGAAAUUAUGCCUCCUGGGGAAGAGGCAAAGAGAGGAGCAGGGAGCAGGCAUUGUUGGGGGUUUUCUGCCCCCUCCCAUCUUCUCCCUUUGCCCACCCUAACUUCCUUCCUCAUUUCCCUUGCCUCUCCCCACUCAUCCCCGGCGGGGCAGGCAGCCCAUGGUAAAUGCUCUCCUGGUUGUGAGAGGGUCUGGCGGGAGUUGUCUGGAACAGUGGGAUGGAGGAUGGUGAGGGGUUUAUGCACCCCUGCCCAGCCCCACGGUGGGGAGUGUACCUUUGAUGCCCUGGGGGUGGGGGUGAGAAGGAUCUUCUCUGUGAGAAGGAUGGAUUUGCGACGGUCACUUGUGUUAACGCCGCUCGAAACUGUCACGUUGGUUCUUUGAAUCAUUAAAGAUGACCAUAGGUUGAACCGCGCCCCCACCCAGUGUGCGUAUUCUC